AGAAGAGAAAAAGGUAGAGACACGGAAACCCACCACAACCAAACGACCAAACCAUCAAGCCCCAACACAACAUCACUUUCCAUUGUUUUCUUGUUGUUUUUGUUCAUAAAAGACUGGACUCUUUUUCUUGAAUUCGCAUUCUCGUUGCACCCUAUUGUGGGUUCUGUCAAAGUCUGAGUCUUUGCUGGGGUUUUGAUAAACAUCAUCAACUUGAAGAAGAGAAGAGAAGAAAAAUAAUGGAAAUUGACACUAAAAGAGCGUCUGUUUCUCGUUUAUCACCAUUAGCUAAGCCUUUUAUCCUGAAGACACCCAAGAACUCAAGCUCUGCCCGUAAUUCUUCACUUCAAGAUACCAGCUUGAGCCCUUCAAGUUCAAGGCUUGCUCAGUCUUUUUCAAGUUUCAGUGUAGAAGGUGACUCCUUUUCUUGUUAUUCUCUAUACCCAUCUCGGGUUUAUCAAGGUUCAGCCGAUUUUGGUUUAUUUACUGAGUCAAAGUCAGACUUGGAUGCUCUCCCUGUAAGUAAGUCCGCUGAGCUUGGCUAUAAGGCUCACAACAGUGGUGAUCACCAAGAGAUUCUUCACUGGAAGGAUAAGCAUGGUGGCUUUUCAGUGUCUAAUGAUCACCCCACCAAACAAGGAUCUCCUACUGAAGGAUUGAAGCUGAGAGCAGAAAUAUCUGAUCAUGUGUGCAGAAAAUUCAGUGGUAUCUCUAGAAAGGAUGAUGAAGUCAGACCUAAAAGUACUAGGCAAACUGACACUCAAUAUGUCUCUUUUUCAGCGGUGACGUCAAGGCCAAUCUCUUCUAAGUUUUCAACCUCAUCAGAUCUGAACUCUUCUGCCUUAGUUCAAGAUCCUCAAAGCGGAGUUCCAGCCAUAUCUUGGAGCUCCAAUGAUCCCGACAGUGCUUCUUUUGAAAGAAGAUUGUCACAGCAACUCGAUGCAUCUACAGCCCAAGUGAAUUUUUCCCCUUCAUCAGAUAGCAAUCCUUUGCGGGCUCUAGGUUCUGAAUCAUCAGGAGCUGGUUCAAGUUAUUCGCCCUUUAAUCAUGCCUUGUCACAGAACCUAGAUUCUGGUGGAGAUGGUGGAGUCAGCAAGAGUGGCAUUUUUUGGUAUAGUCUAGCCAGUCUAGUAGAUGCUGCUGUGGAUAAAAGCAAGGAAGUUUUCCAUGAUAAAGUCCUGACAGAUAAAAGCAAAGGAAAAAGGAGCAAACCUGCCACCCAAGAGGUUAUGGAGCCCUUGUCAACGACAAAGUCUGAGCUGCAAAUCACUUGUCCUAGUCAUCCUAUCGAGUUGGCUUCAAAAUCCCCUGGUGUUAAAGAAAGUGAUCCUAUUGGAAACUCUUCUGAAAUAAUUAACGAGAAUGAUUCUGAUUUGGAUUCUCCUUGUUGGAAAGGAAAACUUAGUGCUAAUCAAUCAACCUGUGAAGUUUCUAGACCCGAUAAUUUUCAACAUCUUAAAAGUGCUCGAGGAGCUUGCAGCAAUUUAAAUCCUCUCGCGCCUCAUUUUUUCCCUAGCCGUGGCAAACAGAAAGUAAAUUACUGUGGAACUGAAUGUGAAGGAGAUGAUUAUUUGACUUUUCUGAAGACUGAAUCUUCUGCGGUUAGUUUAUUCUCCAUAGAACAUACACUACAAAAACCUGGUACAGCUGGAUCAUCUUCUUCGGAUCGGAGCAGUAUUACUGAGACACAUUGCUCUAUUGACAAUCAUGUCCACAGUAAGGAAUAUGAGCCAUUCACCAACUCUAGUAGUAGCUCCAUGCUCAGCUCAUCUUGUGUGGUUCAACCAUCCAUUUUGGAAGAUUACUUCACUUCCAGUGGCCAGCUUCUGACUAGGCAAAAGGUUGGAGGAUCUGGGAAGGUUACUGAGGAUGCAGUACCUAUUGGCUCAACUAGCGUGUCUUUGCUUGCAAGCAAACAUGUCAGGCCCAUAAGUACUAGUCAAAUUGACUCUCAACAUGUCUCGUUUUCGGCUGUGAUUUCUAGGCCAAUCUCUUCUAAGUUUUCAAUUUUAUCAGACUUGCACUCUUCUACCAUAGUUCAAGAUCCUCAAAGUGGAGCUCCAGCAAUAUCUUGGAGCUCCAAUGAUUCUGACAUUGCUUCUUUUGAAGGAAGAUUCUCAGAGCAACUCAAUGUUUGUGCAGCCAAAGGGAAUUCUUCCCCUUCAUUAGAUAGCAAUCCUUUGCAAGCUCUAGACUCUGAAUCAUCGGGAGCUGGUUCAAGUUAUUCGCCCUUUAAUCAUGCCUUGUCACAGAACCUAGAUUCUGGUGGAGAUGGUGGAGUCAGCAAGAGUGGCAUUUUUUGGUAUAGUCUAGCCAGUCUAGUAGAUGCUGCUGUGGAUAAAAGCAAGGAAGUUUUCCAUGAUAAAGUCCUGACAGAUAAAAGCAAAGGAAAAAGGAGCAAACCUGCCACCCAAGAGGUUAUGGAGCCCUUGUCAACGACAAAGUCUGAGCUGCGAAUCACUUGUCCUAGUCAUCCUAUCGAGUUGGCUUCAAAAUCCCCUGGUGUUAAAGAAAGUGAUCCUAUUGGAAACUCUUCUGAAAUAAUUAACGAGAAUGAUUCUGAUUUGGAUUCUCCUUGUUGGAAAGGAAAACUUAGUGCUAAUCAAUCAACCUGUGAAGUUUCUAGACCUGAUAAUUUUCAACAUCUUAAAAGUGCUCGAGGAGCUUGCAGCAAUUUAAAUCCUCUCGCGCCUCAUUUUUUCCCUAGCCGUGGCAAACAGAAAGUAAAUUACCGUGGAACUGAAUGUGAAGGAGAUGAUAGUUUGACUUUCCAGAAGACUGAAUCUUCUGCGGUUUGUUUAUCCUCCACAGAACGGACACUUCAAAAAACUGUUACAGCUGGAUCAUCUUCUUCAGAUCAGGGCAGUAUUACUGACACGCAUUGCUAUAUUAACAUGCAUGUUCUGAAUAAGGAAUAUGGCCAACUCACCAACUCUAAUAGUAGCUCCAUGCUUAGCUCAUCUUGUGUGGUUCAACCAUCCAUUCCGGAAGAUUACUUCAUCUCUAAUGGCCAGCUGCUGACUGGGAAAAAAGUUGGAGGAUCUGGGAAGGUUAUUGAGGAUGCAGUAUCUAUUGGCUCAACUAGUGUGUCUUUGCUUGCAAGCGAACAUGUCACCAGUUCAUCUUCCUGUAGAGUUGGUGUUUCUUCUGCUUUAAGUGAAACAUAUGGGCUUGUAACUAAGCCUUUGUGCACACAUCCAAAAUUGGAUAUUCAAAUAGUGGUUAAAACAAUAAAUCAAGUGUCAAAAUUGCUUAUGCAAAACUGCUCAUAUGAUUUAGAUUCUCUGAAUGAACAUGAACAUGAUAUAAUGAAGCGCGUUGUCUGUAAUCUUAAUGCGUGUAUCAGAAACAGGGUUCAAGAGCAUCCUCUGACUUCUGAAUAGUCAUCCUCACGCUUCAUAUUGUGUUGUGAAAGCAGCUGAUCUAAACAAGUGUUGCUUUUGAUAUCUCAUCUGGCCAUUCAUUUUUACUUGCUGAGAACCUGAAUAAUGUCUUCAGCAGUGCUGGAACAUGGAACUUCAAGCGAAAAGGGAAAAAGCUGUGAUAGUUUCCCAUGAGCUUGGCCAUCAGAAGAAAGCAUGAAAAGCAGAAGAGUUGUUCUACUGAUUUCAGGGAUAGAUUCUUGGAUUCUUUAAAGGCAAGGAAUGAAUGAUUCAAGAAAAGUGAAUACAUUAAGCAGCCAAAUCUUUGCAUUCUUUGUUGUUGAUUCAGGCCAUUGAGGAGGUUCUGGAAGGACAUCAACAACUUGAGGAAGAAGAUAACCCUCAAGUUUUGCUCUACAAGAACUCGUGGCUUGAGGCUGAAGCAGCUCUUUGUACCA